AUGGAUUCAUUGCUUUUAUCUCAUCAUAAUGAAGUGAUUGAUGGUAAAUAUAAGCUUAUUAGAAAAAUAGGGUCUGGAUCAUUUGGUGAUAUUUAUGUGGCAAUUUGUCUUAAAAAUGGAAGAGAAGUUGCUGUUAAAUUGGAACCAUUAAACGCAAGACAUCCACAAUUAAUUUAUGAAAGUCGUGUGAUUCGUUAUUUUGUUCAUGGAACAGGUUUCCCAAAGCUUCAUUAUAUAACAAGAACUAAUACACAUUCAGCAAUGGUUAUAGAAUUAUUAGGUCCUUCAUUAGAAGAUUUAUUUAAUUUUUGUGGUAGAAGAUUUUCACUUAAAACUGUAUUAAUGUUGGCUUUUCAAAUGAUAGAUAGAUUAGAAUAUAUUCAUAAUUUGGAUUUUCUUCAUAGAGAUAUAAAACCAGAAAAUUUUUUAAUGGGCCAUCAAGCACAUUGUAAUAAAGUUUAUUUAAUUGAUUUUGGAUUAUCUAAACGAUAUCGUGAUGGAAAGAUUGCUCAUAUCCCAUAUAGGAGUGAUAAAAAUUUAAUUGGUACAGCAAGAUAUGCAUCUAUAAAUGCUCAUAGAGGUAUAGAACAAAGUCGAAGAGAUGAUUUAGAGUCUCUUGGAUAUGUUUUAAUGUAUUUUAAUAGAGGAUCUCUACCUUGGCAAGGACUUGUCUCUGCAACAAAACAACAAAAAUAUGAAAAAAUUUUAGAAAAAAAAAGGACAACUCCUGUUGAACAUUUAUGUGCUAAUUUUCCUAAAGAAUUUGCCAUUUUCUUACAAUGUACGCGUGACCUCAACUUUUUAACAGAACCAGAAUAUAAUUAUUAUAAAAAGAUAUUCUACAAAUUAUUUUCUAAUCUAAAUUAUAUCUUAGAUUAUCAUUUUGACUGGUCAAUGAAGUAUCAUAAUAGUCAACCAUCAUUAAUGGAAAAAUAG